UCGUCGUCAUCUCACAAGAAAGAAAAGAAGAAGAAGCAGAAUCAUGUCCAACGUGCCCACCUCCCUCCGCGACUCCUCCCUCACCGUCUUCCGCCUCGCCAUCUCCAGCUCCGACCCUUGGCCCUUCUCUUCCUAACCCCAACCCCUUCCCCCACUGCUCCACCUCUCCCAUCCUCUUCUCCUCCACACCACAGCAAAGGUCAGAGAGUCCUGCUCGAUCCUCGAUCGCUCCCGAUGCCGCACCGGCAGCAAGGGGCGCCCAAGGGGUGCGUGACGGUACGCGUGGGCGCCGAGGGCGAGGAGCAGCGGCGCUUCGCGGUCCCGCUGGGCCACCUCAGCCACCCGCUCUUCGCGGCGCUCCUCGAGGAGGCGGAGCGCGAGUACGGCUUCCGGCACCAGGGCGCCAUCGCCAUACCCUGCCAAGUCGACCGCUUCGUCCAGGUCGAGAGCGCCAUCGACCGCGACCUCGGCGAGCACCACCACCAGCACCUCCUCGACCUCGACAACUGCGGCGCCACCAUCACUGGCGGCCACAACCACAGCCACAGCCACAUCCACCUGCCACGCUUCGUCGGCUGCUUCCGCGCCUGACGGUGAUGCGUCGGUCGAAUCGAUCUCGGGUGGGCGGUCGAGGUGCUCAACGGUUCCAGUUCUUGAUGUUUGUCUAGAAUGAAUUGGUUGGUUAGUCGAGAGCUUCUUCCGUGCUGGUUUGUUUCGCCUACCCUUCUCCCCCGUUGCCUUGGUUUGUUACGGUUGUUGUAAUUGGUUUGGUGCGCGCGGGGAGAAAUCGGAGCAAGAGCUUCGAUGUUGAUGAUGAUGAAAACUUGUGAUCUCAAGUGUAAAGUGAGAAUAUUAAUUGUUAGCUUUAUACUAGUAUAUAGACCCUUUACUUUGCUUU